AGGCCAUCUGGGGUACCUGUCAGAGGCCAUCACCCUGAAGAAGACUCACAUAGAGGACCCGUCAGAAGCCCCUAUAAACCCCCAACAACAAGGAGACUUGGAGGACCAGUUAACAUGGAGAUACGGCUUCUGCUGUCAGUGGCCCUGAUAAACCCAACAAAGAAAGUAGACGUGGAGGAUCCGCACACCUGCAACAUACAUACAAACACUUUACCAUGGAUAGAUCUGGCAGAAUUGUAAAUGCAAGCUAUGGUCUCCUAAAGCAGUGGUCAAUGAAAAAUGUCCUCCCUAAAAAUGUAACUUUCCAGCUUUUGAGGACCUAUCAUCCACCACCACCAGUAUCAUCUGAGCUUAAGCUUGGUGGUAUACAGCCUCACAUCAUCCCCACACGACCAGAUGGGACAUUUGAUGUUAAUGAGAUAACACUAAGAUUGCGAAUUGAAGAUGUUCACUGUCCUAGAACUACACUCAUUUGCAUUGAAAAUACUCAAAAUGUGUGUGGUGGAAAGAUUUUGCCCAGCCUAUGGAUUGAUCAGGUUGGCAGUAUCGCAAAAUCUGUGGGGAUUCCCUUGCACAUGGAUGGAGCACGUUUGAUGAAUGCUGUUGUUGCCAGUGGGGAGAGUGCUGCUCGUAUCCUACAAGGUUGUGAUACUGCUUCUAUAUGUUUUAGCAAGGGGCUUGGCACUCCAGUUGGCUCCAUUAUUGUUGGUCCAGAAGAAUUUAUGUACAGAGCAAUACGUCUUCGCAAGGUGUUGGGUGGAGGCAUGAGACAAGCAGGCAUGUUGGCUGCUGCAGCAUUAUAUGCUCUAGAAAAUAUGGUAGAUCGUUUGGCUGAUGAUCACAAGCAUGCUAAACUUCUUGCUCAAGCAAUUUCUGAAACCGGAAGCAAGAAUGUGAUAUGUCAGGUAGCUGAUGUACAUACUAACAUAGCUAUCGUUCACCUGCAUCCUGACGCUAUAACUCCAGAACAGUUCUGCAACAGAUUAUCCAUGGUUUGUGACGAGGAGAGUCAAGUGGUAGGUGAGCAAGUGAUAAUUAAAGUAUUUCCCUGGACGACAGAUUCGGUUCGCUUUGUUACUCAUCAUGAUGCAACCUUUGCUGAUAUCCAAGUAGCCAUUGCCAAAUUAAAACAUGUUAUAUGUGAGAUAGAUUUGCAGAUGAAGUAAGGAGGCAAAUAGUACAAUAUAAUAUAUAUUUUUAAUUCAGAAGUGAAGCACUUAUGAAGAUUUAUAUAGUUGUUAUUUUACAUAAAAAUAAACACUUAAAUAUAGAUACAGUACUUAAGAAAAAGUAUCUAAAUAUAUUGGAUAUUUGCCAGUGAAACAUGAAAUUGCAUAUCAAUAAAACAUUUUGGCAUUUACCAAUUGGAAAGAGCUUCUGUAAGAAGCAGCACCACACAGUACUGUAUUUCUGUGAUUUUUAUACAUAUAUGGUAUAUAUGGUACAGUAUAUGGUGUAUUUCAAGUUCUUAAAUUAUUUAACAGGUCAUAGAUUUUUCCUUCAAUAUGUAUUGUUGCAAAUUAUUAAAUUAUUUAUG